CUUUAUUAUAACAAAUGGAGGAAGAUUUAAAGGUGAAAGAACUUGAUGCUUUAAAUGAAGAUGUGCAUGAAAAGCAGAAUGAAUCUCAUAGCUCAAACAAGGAACAAUCUGGUAAAACAAACCAUCCUGGGGACGAAGAUAUUGAUUCUGACGAUCCCGAUCUAAUAGAAGACAUACUUGAUCAAAUCCCACCAGACUUUGAGCUUGCAGAGAAGCAUCGAGAUGCCAAUAGAGUUAAAAACAUUAGAGAUGAAGUUACCUUCAAAAAUACCAAGUCUGUUAACAAAAAGGAAGAUUUCUGCCCUUGCUGACAGAUGCCAACGUCAAAAUCCGCCCCUCUUUUUAGCCUUUGUACGAAUGUUUUCAACUUAGAGGAUCUAGGAUGUGGAUUUCCCCUAUAUUAUGAAUACAAGAAAUUUAUUUUUGGGAUAUUCAUAGCCAUCAUUCUGAUCUUCAGCAUAACCGCUCUUGUAUUUAACACAAACGAAGGAAAGGCAAGCCAAUGGGUUGAAGGGAAGGAACCCUCCAAUCUUAUGAAACUCAGCUUGGGGAAUUACGGGGCUGUUCCCUCCAACUAUGAAGGCGAUGAACUCAUAAUCCAGGCAUAUUUAAACUUUGGAGCAAUUUUAGUGAUUCUUAUCCUCGAAAAUAUCCUAAGAAGGCGUCAAAACAUUUUAGUCAAAAAGAUAGAUGAGAAGAAUAUAACUCCUCCUGAUUUCACAGUGUAUGCAAUGAACCUCCCUCUGGAUAAGUCUCAGGAGCAAGUCAAGGAGUGGUUUGAAAAUUAUGACGAUGAAUUAAAGCUCAAAGUUUCUAAAAUAAAUUACUGCUAUGAUAUCAAAGAAUCUGUCAAGCUCUCGAGAGAGCUUGACAAGUGGCAAAAGAUGCAGAACUAUGUACUUCACUACAGAGAGCAGAAAUGAAAUGAGCUAAACAUUACUGAAGAACAGGCAGAAAAGGACGGAAUCGAUAUCAACCCUCCACGAGUUGAUUACGACUACUUUUGAAUCAAAGAAACCUUUCCCACUUUUGAGGAAAUUGCAGCCAAGGUAGAGCAACUUGAAAAGCAAUUUGAAGAAUUGAGAAAUGAGAUGGAUGUUGACACAGACAAAGACCUCUACAUUGGUAAAGCGUUCAUCACUCUGGAAAGGCAACAACAAGCAACAAGAUUAGCCAAAAUAUUUGAAAUGCACUAUAUCAUCCGAGCAGUAUUUUUCUUGUAUUAUCGGGUAUUCAAAUGAAAACAAGUCAAAAUUGAGAAACGUUUUUGGGAUGGAAAAAGAAUCAUUAUUGAAAGAGCAGCAGACCCGGUAGAUGUGUACUGGGAAAACUUGUCUGUAAAGGACUACCAAAGACUUGUUAAGACACUCAUAACGUACUCAAUUACAGCAAUAUUACUUUGCUUCGUCUUUGGAAUAUAUUUCAGUCUUAAUAUAUGGAAAGAAGACUUAGAAGAUAAUGCUAGUAAUUCAAAUAAAUCAGGAGAAAUAUGGACUGUAAGAGUAGUGAGUUUUGGUACUUCAAUCCUAGCUAUUUUCAUAAACUCUAUCUUAAAGUUCGUGAUUAGAAAGCUCUCUUCUUAUGAAAAACAUAUGACUUACACUAAGUAUCAUCUUUCAGUUGCGUUUAAAUUAACGAUUGCGACAUUCGUUAAUGUGGCUCUUUUGCCCAUAUUUACAAGGCUUGAGAAAGAAGAGUGGUUUGAAAGUGGAGGUUUGUCAACAACUAUCUUCUACAACGUUGUAUCAGUCUCCUUCGUUGCACCCAUAGUCAACUUAUUCAAUAUCAGUUAUCUCAUCAAAAGAAUCAAAAUGUGUCGUGAGAAAAGGAAAGGUGAAAAAUCAAAACUCACCCAGAGACAAGCAAACCAACUCUUUUUAGGCCCGAACAUGGACAUUGCUUCUGCUUAUUCCAACACUUGCCUAUUGUUCCUAGUAGUUUCUUUCUACACUCCAAUCAUGCCAAUACUACCCAUGGUUGCAGGAGCAGGAGUGCUUCUCCAAUAUUGGGUAGAAAAAUAUCUAUUGCUACGAAGAUAUAGCAUACCUGAAGCUGCUGGAAGUGCUAUGGCUAACUUCUAUGCAAACGUUCUCCCAUUUGGAAUGUUCCUAUACGCUCUCAGCAACUACUUAUUCUUGAACGAACUUUCAGAUCACGAAAAUCAACAUGGACAAUGGGCCUUAUGGUUCAUGAUAGCCUACAUUGUCCUUCCUGUAAGACUCCUCCUGAACUUGUUCACUGAUAGCAUUGAAAAAGAUGGCGAGAUGACAUAUGAAAGUAGAAUGACUACUUUUAUCAAUGAUUACGACAGAAGUAACCCCAUGACCUCCAACGAAGCUAGAAGAGAGUUCCUUCUUGCUCUCAAAACCAGAAAUAAUGCUGAAAAUAAAGAACAAAAUGAUGAAGAUGACAAAGAGAUAGACGACGAGCUUCAAAAGCUUGAAGGAAAGAACAAGCUUCAGGCUAUCUUAAUGUAUGGCAAGGCUUUCAAAAGUCUCGAACAUAAGCAAUCCAAAUUUGACAAAAUCUCCCAUAAGAAAGGAUAUAAACAUCGCACAAGAGACGAUGUUGGCGCUAGAAACUUAUUCAAGAUAAAAUGUAAUAACAUUCGUAAUAAAAAGAAGAAUGGCCUUCAGAAAUUUAUGGGAGAAAAACUUCUCAGCAAACUUGGCCGUAACUCCAAAAAAUCUAAACUUGGGAAAGUCUUCCCAUUACUUCAGAAGAAAGACAACAACCAAAGAGAGGUUCCCUUAGAACCAAGAGCGAAUAGCCCAGAUGGAGGAAAGUCUCUGUCUAGUCUGAUAAGUCACAGAGAAGAAAUCAAGCAAGUUAAUUAUGAAGAGUAUUAGCUCAUUUCAGAAAUUAUAUGAAUUUAAAACACUCAAUUAAG